AUGGUCGGUAAAAAGUCUGGAAAGGCUCUCCUUCGGGAUGAAGGCCUUGAGCGGACCGACAAUAACAUGGAAUUAUCGACCUGGCCUGUGAUACCUCCAAUUAAUCAGAAGAAUUACUAUACCGACUACCUCAAGAGAGAUGACCAGUAUCUCGCAUUUAGACUACAGAAUGAAGAGAAUCGAAAUCGCAUGGCCAAAACGGCCAAAGACCGGGACCGCGCGCUUGCGAUGAAGGGGCAUGAUGCAGAAGACGCGGAUAUGGAUGGCGACACGAACAUGGAAGAUGGAACUGAGGAGGCACCAGAAACAGCUGGCUCCAAGGUCAUUGUCAUGCAUCUUGGCAGUCAGAACUUACGGAUCGGCUUGGCUAGUGAUGCUUUACCAAAGACGAUUCCCAUGGUCAUCGCGAGGAAGUCUGCUACCUGCGAAUCUGAAGACCAGGAAGAACCAAAUCCGAAGAGGUUGAAAGCGGAGGACGGCUCUGAACUGGAACCAGAAAAGAUGUUCGGUCAAGAGUUUUCUUCGCAAUAUUCGACGAUGGCGGCCGACCUGAAAGUCCACAUGCGACAGAACAAACGCCGGACCCUGCCCAAUUCGAAGGAAAUGGUUGUCAAUUACAACCGUCGUACGGUACCUGAGACGAUUUCGGAACACAAUGACCCGAUGCGUAUCGAGUGGACGGAAAUCAAUAACCCUGCACCGGAGUAUAUCACCGGCCAAGAGGCAUUAAGAAUACCGGAUCUAUCGAACCCUCGCUAUAAGCUCUACUGGCCAAUGCGACAUGGGUGGUGCAAUGAGAAGGACUACGACAGCAAAAGAGUUUUGUUUCUGGACAUUUCGCUCAUCCUCGAAGAGGCGAUAAAGAACCAGCUUGGUCUUACAAGCAAGAAAGAAUGGCCGCAGUAUUCAUGCGUCUUCGUGAUCCCGGAUCUGUAUGAGAAGUCCUACGUGACUCAGGUCCUCGAGCUGUUGAUGAGGGAGUUUGCAUUUGCCCGCGUCUGCUUUAUCCAAGAAAGCCUGGCAGCUACCUUCGGGGCUGGAUUCACAUCCGCCUGUGUGGUAGACAUUGGUGCGCAGAAGACAUCGAUAUGCUGCGUGGAGGAAGGCAUGUGUGUCGAGAACUCGCGCGUCAACCUGAAAUACGGUGGUGCCGAUGUUACCGAAGCUUUUAUCAAGAUGAUGCUGUACGAUCAUUUCCCCUAUGCUGAGAUCAACUUGUGGCGUAGGUACGACUUCCUGCUAGCUGAAGAGCUGAAGAAGAAUAUCUGUACUAUGAACGAAGCCAACGUCUCGGUACAACUUCAUGAUUUCCAUCUUCGUGUCUCUGGACAAGACACACGAAAGUACACAUUCAAGGCGUACGAUGAAGGGCAUCUGGCCCCAAUGGGCCUCUUCCAGACGAAUACCUUUGACAAUUCACAUAAGCUCAAGGGACGGAGGAAACUUAUUGAGCGCUCGGUGGACAUUUACGACGGUCAGCCGAAUGAUCCGGUGUCAGCGGCUCAAUCCGAGAUUUUAAGUGCUCUUGCUCCACCAGCUGCCAAUGGACAUGUGAAUGGAGAGAACGCAUCAAAAACAUUAGACGUCCAAUCAACUCCAAGCCGCCCACAUCAUACAAAUGCCCUAGGCCGGGUCCAAGAUACCGAAGCUACGCCUCGGUCAUCUGUUGCUGGCUCUCCUGCUCCGGAGGCGACAAGUAUUCCACACGGAGGCGGAACCAGCACUCCAGCCGUGGGUGGACAGGGCGCAACAUCUCGUGCUCCAACUGUCGAAGAAAGAGACGAUAUUAUCCCGAUUCUUUCCUUGGACGAUGCAAUUCUUACCUCCAUUGCACAUGCCACUCGUGGAGAGGAGCGUAAAAUGCGAGAAUUCAUGGGAGGUAUCAUGAUUGUGGGUGGUGGCAGUCUGAUUGAUGGUUUCCAUCCAUUCCUUGAAGAACGACUGAAGAACCUUCGGCCUGGGUUUGCCAAGGAGAUCAUGAUUGGCACCCCUCCAAGAGAGCUCGAUCCGCAAGUCGUUGUCUGGAAGGGUGCCAGUGUGUUUGGAAAACUCAACCAAACAAAUGAUAGCUGGAUUGGUCAGUUGGAGUAUGAUCGCCUGGGUCACAGACUAAUGGCCUACAAAUGCAUGUGGGCUUGGUGA